UAAUUUUAAUUUCUUAAGUAAAACAAAAUUAGUGAGUGAGAUUUUAAAACUUUACAAAUCGCACAAUUUAUUUAGCAGAAUUCAGCAUAAAAUAUAAAAAUUUUGCAAUGGACAAUAAAGUCGCCGAGGAUGGAGAUGAUAUCGACAUAGUUGAAGGAGCUUGUAAGACAAUUAAAUGCACAGAUGUAGAAAAGAAGACAGAAAAAACCAGAAUCAAUUAUGAGCCUUUCUAUAAUAGAGAACUAUAUAGUUUAACUGAAAGUGAUUCUCUUAAGGAAGAGGAGGAUCAGAGUGAAUUUUACGAUGAGGAGUUUGAAUUUGAAACUGAAUCCACCUAUUCAGAAUGUUCUUUGACUUUCUAUCAGGACACUUGGCAAGGCUAUUUCAAAGGCUACGAGAUACUAAGCAGAGUAAUUACGUGCAAAACUGGGUUUGAAAAAUCCUGCGUAGAAUUGUCACUUUGCGACACAAAAGAGGAUUUAUUUCAUUAUACACAUGCCGGAAUACGUUGCUUCAUUAUUGAUCUAUCGAAGGGCACCUCACAAGCAAAUCAGAAAUUGCUCCUGCGUUUACAUGAAGUGGAGCUUGAAAUUUCUAGUCAAUUUAAUAGUCCUGUCAUAACCACGCUUGUUGCCAGAAUUUCUCCGCGUAUGCAGUACACUGGAUUUAUUUGCCCACUGGAUGCGGAAAUUAUCUUAAAUAAGGAUGAUACAGUCAUUUUGACAACAAAUCGGAAAUAUUCCACGAAAUGCACUAGGAAUAUCAUUUACGUGAACGCUCGCUUUUUACUCGGUGAUGUGGAAGCUUGCGAUUUUAUUCCAAUUGGUUACCAAAUACAGCUUUGCGUAAAGGAAGCUCAAAGGUUUCAACUCUUCUGUCAAGUGGUUGAGGGCGGACAAUUAAAUUCACGCAUGCCAGUGCUUUUUCCAAAAAAAUGUAGCAAAUAUCGAAUGUCAUAUGAAGAAAUUGAAGAUAUAACAUUUUGCAAGGAAGUAGGCAUAAACGUAAUCGUGAGCUAUAUUCAUGGAUCAAAGCGAUAUUUGUCUGAUUUGAGACGUUGCAUGAGUUUGUUGGACUGUGGCAACAUGCUUUUGUGUGUACGCAUUGUUCUUAACAGUUUACAUGGCUGCACUGAUGAAAUACUCUGGGUGGCAGACUGUUAUGAUGGUUUCUUGAUAGAAUUACAUCAAGAUUGUGAAAAAAAUAGUGGUGAGCUCCUAGAAAUGUGCCCUGCUACCGUAAACUUUCUGAAACGCAUUUAUGAACUGAAAAAACCAAUACUCUUUGAACCAUCACAAAUUGCAAAUAAAUUUUAUAUUGUAGGCACGGAAUACAGUGAAUAUAUAUUUUACUAUCCAGACAAAUAUAUCAUCAAAAGUGGAGAGGAGUGCUUCCUCAAUUACUUCCACAUGUUACAUAGACCUAUGUUUAAAAGAGUGGCACGCGAAAUUUUAUGUCAAGAACCAUUUACAGAUGAAUCCGACUUUGGUGGUGAUACUCUCGCCCGCAAUUGUGCAAUUGCCUCAUUUGAAAGUGACAUAGCCGCUAUAUUGGUUUGCUCUCCAGCCGGCCGUCUUGCUAUUGACAUAUCGCAUUUCCGACCAAAUGUUCCCAUUUUGCUAAUAACUAAAACAAGGUCAAUUGGAAAAUAUAUAUCCAUAUUCCACCGUAUUACUAUGUAUUACUAUCCUGGCGAUCCCACUCAAACAUAUUACAAUGAAGUCUAUAAGCAGUUCCUGCUUGGAAUUGUGUAUGUUUUGUCCCGGCGUAUUAUGCAAAAGGGACAGACUUUGAUGUUAGUUUACGAUAGUCUGCCCGAUCGAAAUUAUGGAGAUAAAUAUGCCAUGUUCAAAGUUACAAGUAAUUUCAUGAAUCAAUUGAGAAAUUUAUUAUUUAUAUAGAUUGUUGUAUGGGCAAUAAUAUAUUUUGAAUACAAGACUUAUGCACAAUGAA